UAAUCAUUAAUAAACACUAACAAUUAACAACCAACUUCAUGCCACUGGGGGCUGCCUGGAUUUGCAAUGCCCUUCUCUACUCAGAGAGGUAUCUGCACAUGUGGCCUCUGGGCGGAUCUGGAAUUUGAUCGAUUCCACAGCUGUUUUAAAGGAGCGGACGGGGUUUUUAAAUCAUACUCGGAUAGUUUAUACAAAUUCCUGAUGGGGGGAAAAAUCUUAAAUCCAGAGGAACGUCUGCCAAAGUGAAGUGUGAGUCCAAAAUCAAGAGCCGACGAGAAGGCCAGAGGAACUGGCAGGGAAGGACCGGACACCCACUGGCUCCAUUUUGAAAACUUCGGGGUACCGGGAAAGGUUUUCCCCUACCCUUUCCUUUUGGGUUGCAAAGCGUGAAAAGCGCAGCGUGCCGUGAAAGAGGAGGGCCGAGGGGUCUGGCCCGAGAAGAUGCCGCGCGAGAGACCAGCACAAGCCGAGGAGGGCCGAGAGCGCCGGGGAGCAAGAGGGCUGGGGAGAGGAGCGCGUGGAAGUGGCAGAGAGCGGGAGCGGAGUGAGCGUAACACUGGUGGGGAGAGCGGCAGCCCUCCGGCACUCUGCCCGUCUGUGAUAAAUCGCAGCGUUCUCUAAAUAUUUGCAGCGUCCGCCCCAGUUGCCCCCAAGGUGGAAAAAAUGACUCCAUCCUUUCUUAAUACCAACAGGCUGACAUCAGGGUCCCCAGUGGGCAGCGAUUGGCCGGGCUGGCCGGCCAAUGGGAAGGGCUCCCCCUCGGACAUGCGGAGGGGGAAGAGCCGGAGAGCAAAGAGUUUUAAAAAGUUGCAGGGAAAGCGAGGAAGAGGCAGAGGCUCACAGGGCACCGAGCAGGGCUCCCAUCUCCAGCGAGGCCGGAGGCGACAGAGGCAGGAUGUCCACCGCACACUUCAACCGGGGACCGGCCUACGGGCUGUCAGCGGAGGUCAAGAACAAGCUGGCCCAGAAGUACGACCCCCAGCGGGAGCAGGAGCUGCGGCUGUGGAUCGAGGACAUGACGGGGGAGCGCCUUGGAGACAACUUCAUGGAGGGGCUGAAGGAUGGCGUCAUCCUGUGCAAACUCAUCAACAAACUCCAGCCUGGCUCCGUGAGGAAGGUGAACGAGUCCACUCAGAACUGGCACCAGCUCGAGAACAUCGGUAACUUCAUCAAGGCCAUCACCACGUACGGUGUGAAGCCACACGACAUUUUCGAAGCCAACGACCUCUUUGAGAGCACAAACUACACCCAGGUGCAGUCCACCCUGAUCGCCCUGGCGAGCCAGGCCAAGACAAAAGGCAACAAAGUGAACAUGGGUGUCAAAUACGCCGAGAAGCAUCAGCGCCGCUUCCAGCCCGAGAAGCUGAAAGAAGGACGGAACGUUAUCGGGCUGCAGAUGGGCACCAACAAGUUUGCCAGCCAGCAGGGCAUGACGGCGUACGGCACCCGCCGGCACCUCUAUGACCCCAAACUGGGCACAGACCAGCCCCUGGAUCAGGCCACCAUCAGUCUACAAAUGGGCACCAACAAGGGAGCAAGCCAGGCGGGCAUGACGGCCCCAGGGACCAAGCGGCAGAUCUUCGAGCCCAUGCUGGGCAUGGAACACUGCGACAGCCUCAACGUCUCCCUGCAGAUGGGCAGCAACAAGGGCGCCUCACAGCAGGGCAUGACUGUGUACGGGCUGCCACGCCAGGUCUACGACCCCAAAUACUGCCUCCAGCCCAACUACCCCAUGCUCGGCGAGGACGAGUACAACCACAGCCAACACAACUUCUACAACUCCGAGUGAAGGGCCGGGCCGGGGCGAGGCCGAGGCCUGGACUGAACAGAGAGACAUGCAACCAGGGCGCGAGAAGAAACUUUUUUCUUUUUUUUUUUUUUUUAAAAAAAGCAAGUGAUUACUUUAAAAAGAGGAAUAAGAGGAAAUCCUGACUGCUCCCCCCAACGCUAACCAGCUCACAGAGGGUCCCCCAAUCCAGCUCCCCCAACCCUUGAAACAAAAUCCAGCCCCAGUCAGAUUCCCCCCUUUAUUUAAGUUGUUCUUAAAAUGUAUGAUCUAGCACUUGACAAUGCAGUGACAUAGAGCAAGCCAAGUUAAAUCAGGAGUAGUUGGGGUGGGGGGGAAGGGUAGAUGUAGACGUGAAAAGCCAUAAAUAUUAGUGCUUUUUCACCAUUAGCACCAGCGUCUCGGCUCUGAAACACUCACACCCUUUCCCCCGCCCAACCUGGGCACUGAAGUGCCCUAGAAAUGCUGCCACCCCCCAUCCCCUUUCCUAAAGUAAGGGGAACAAACAGGUUGGUGAAAUGAACCGGACUGCGAUUGCAUUCACGGCUUGAUGGCUGAGUGCCUCUAGGUAGAGUGCUUCCUGCUUGAUGGCCCAGGUAUUCCCCCCGCCCCGCCCCCCAUGCCAUCCCAGGUGUGUAACACCCCUAGCAGUAGUGGCCUGAGCGGAGCAGACACGAGGGAGGGAUGGGACUAGCAGUACAGGAGGAGAGGGAGCAAGUUCAAGUUUAAACACAACACCCCCCCUCCCCCCGCUCUCUGUCAAAGGUUCUCCUAACAUUUCUGCGCUUUGAAAAGGGACAGAUGCCAUUUCUGUAAAUAAGAUUCUCCGUGUGUGUGUGUAUAUAAGAGACCCACUCUAUAUACACCCCCCACACACACACUUUCCAUCUACCACCAGGACAGCACCCUCGACUAGUAAGUUUUUGUGUCAGCAGGUUUUCCAGCUGCAAGCCUAAGUGAGAAACCCUCUCCCCGCACACGAACACUGUUGAGCUCCUGGAAGGGUUACCAGCCCAUCCACCUCUGCUAUUGCCCACGUUGUUAUGAGUAUUUUGGUGACAAGCUAAUGUAUUGGAAAAAUAAGAGUGUGAACUACUGAGAUAAGCCACUACAUUUCCUACAAGACGGGCUGCCUUUAAAAGCCUAGGAAUAUUUCCCCUACUCUGCAUGCUGGCAAACUAAACACUUAAAAAAAAAAAAAAAAAACCUCCAGAUGAAGCGACUUAUGAACCGAUAUUACAGCAGUUUGUAAUUUUCUGCUGAUGAGCACUUU